AUGAUUGCUGGUGAUUCAGAAUGUGAGGCAAAGCAUGUAGAUGAUGCAUGCACCUCAAACUCAAGAGAUUCUUGUAAUAUGCAUCAGCAGAAUGAUUCCCAGUCCAUACAAAGUCCGCAUCAGAAGCAGAAUCUGACAGUUAUUCCAAAAACUUUUGUUGGCACCGAGAUAUUUGAUGGAAAAACGGUUAAUGUAGUUGAUGGAUUGAAACUAUACGAAGAACUCAGUAGUUUCAAAAAUUGUUAUGUUAGUAAAUGA